AUGGAGUCAAGCACCACUGAUACGGAAGCGAACAGCAUGGCUUCUUCACCAGAAAAGCAAGAAGAGCUACCAGACUGGGCCGUCGAUCCAGCCAACGCCCAGAAUUGGAGUUUGACCAAGAAGCUAUACAACACAUCCGUUCCCUCCCUCCUUUGUCUGCUUAUAUCCUUUGGCCUGGCCAUCUAUUCGCCAUCCCACGCUCACGUCCAGGAGGACUUUCACAUCACUAACACCCUGUCGCUCCUCCCAUUCACCUUGUAUGUGUACGGCCUAGCUUUCGGCCCUAUGAUCGCUGCUCCUUUGAGUGAGACGUUUGGGCGCCGCUUCGUCUACAUCAUCAUGACCCCACUAGCCCUGUUAUUUAUCCUCGGCGCUGGCUUUGCUCACAACUUCGCUACCCUUGCCAUAUGCCGCUUGCUGGGUGGCAUUCUGUGCUCUGCACCUCUCGCCGUGGGUGCUGGGACCAUCAUGGAUACCUGGACAGGCCAAAACACCAACCGCGGAGUGGUUGUGCUUAUGGGUAUCGCUUUUCUGGGGCCCGCUCUGGGAUCACUGGUAGGUGGUUGGAUCGCCGAAUACAAGGAUUUCAGGUGGUCUCAAUGGACGACCUUAUUCCUCGGAGCGGCCCUAUGGGUCUAUUCGAUGGGUGCACAGGAAACAUACGCGAUCCCGAUCCGCCGCCGCCUAGCCAAGAAGAUGGGACUGCCUCCUCCUCCAAAGCCGAUCCCCGAUGGCCUCGCGGGAGUCAGGAUGCUCAUGACAGUCACGCUGGCACGACCUCUCUACAUGCUAAUCACCGACCGAUCCACCAAUUAUGACUUCUCACCGGGACAGUCAGGACUGGCUUUUAUUGGAAUCGCCGUGGGUUGCAUUAUCGGUGCUGUGGCAUUGAUCAUCCUCGACGGAUACACGAUGGCCAAGCAUCACGCGCGACAGCCAGGCGCGCCAGCACCUCCAGAACGAAUGCUUGUGGCCGCGAUGGUGGGCAGUCCCCUGAUGCCGGCGGCAUUAUUCUGGUUUGCCUGGACCUCACAGGCAGGGAUUCAUUGGAUGAGUAGUAUAACUGCCAUGGCGCUAUUUGGUUGCUCGAACAUUAUGAUCUUUGUAUCCACGAUGUUAUAUCUCACCAAUGUGUACGGAGCCAAGUUUGGGGCCUCGGCUCUCGCGGCGAAUGGCCUACUGCGAUACAGUGUGGGCGGUUCUUUCCCCUUGUUCACCAUCCCAAUGUACAACAAUCUUGGGUUCACGUGGGCAUCCAGCCUGCUCGGCUUCCUCGCUAUUGCUUUUGCUCCUCUUCCUUGGAUCUUCUAUCGGUUCGGAAAGAAGAUCCGUCAAUCGAGCGCUUAUACAGCGUGA